CUCUUCCCCGGCCACACGAAGCAAUAGAAAUUUUCGCAAACUUCAACUUGGGUUGAUUCUUUCGAACCAGUCCAAGACCAGUUUCAUCUCCAAUUUCAACCUGCCGUUUUCACAAUCCAUCGACUCCCAUCCGCUCUUGAUUGUUACCUUGUUUUCGUUUUCAGCCCACGAUUGCAAGAUUGGACGCUACCGUGCUCCAUAAAGUCUUACUAAUCCAAGCACUGACCCACUUGAGCUUCGAACAACUCUGUUUUACUCACGCAAUCCCAUCUGGUGCAUCACCACUGACUGCAUCAAUCUCCACACAUCAAUCGCGUCGCCGUCAGUCAAUAGCAUCACAGGCCGCGUCCCGGACAACUCAAUACAGAAGAAGCAGAGCACAAAAUGGCGUCUACUUCGAUGGACUACGACUCCGCGAAUGUGGACCGGUUUGAUGAAGAGCCUGCUCGCACCUACGACGAACGUCGCAGCGCGUCUCCUCGUCAUGACGAAGUGACGGAACGCCGCCGUUCUGCGUCUCCCGCCAACGGUGACCGCGACCGCGAACGCGACCGUGCUCCUCCUCGUGACAACGGCGGCGGUAGGGAUGGCGACGGAGAUGCCAUUAACCCAGGCUCCAAUCUCUUCGUCACCGGCAUUCACCCACGUCUUACUGAGGCUGAAGUGACCCGCAUGUUUGAGAAAUAUGGAGAGGUUGAGAAGUGCCAGAUCAUGCGCGACCCGCACACGAGGGAGUCUCGUGGCUUCGGCUUUGUGAAGAUGGUGACCUCUGACCAGGCCGAUGCUGCCAAGGAGGGCCUCCAGGGCGAGGAGCUUGAAGGUCGUACUCUGAGCAUCGAGAAGGCCCGUCGUGCUCGUCCUAGGACACCCACCCCCGGCAAAUAUUUUGGUCCUCCCAAGCGCGAAGGUGGUGGUGGUGGUGGCGGCCGUGGUGGUCGCUUCGACGAUCGCCGCCGCGGCGGAUAUGGCGGCGGUGGUUAUGGUGGCGGUCGCGACGACCCGUACCGCUACCGUGGUUACGAUCGUCGCAAUGACGACCGCGACCAGCGUGGCUACCGUGACGACCGUGGCUAUGACCGUGGCUACGAUCGCAAUGGCGGUGCUCCCCGCGAGGAUCGCUUCGAACGCCGCGAACGCGACGAUGGCUACGGUGGACGCGACCGCUACCGUGAUGACCGUGGUGGUGACCGCGGCUAUGGCGGCCCUCGUGACGACCGCCGUCCUCCCAUGGAUCGUGAGCGCGAGCGCGGUGGUGAUCGCUUCGAACGCGACCGCGAAGGACCUCGUUCCAGGGAGCCUCCUGCGGCUGGCUAUGAUGCCCCUCGUGGCGAGGCCCGUGAUUCAUACGAUCGCCGUUAAAAACAAAACAUCCUGGCGAGGAACGCUAGAUUUAGCAGCAAUGUGUCGACGAGUAGGAAUCAGCAUUAUCUAUUUCAUUUCUGUAUCAGGGAAACAACAGGGAAAUCGGGCAACCCCAAAAUUGCGUCUCUGGAAUUUUAUUUUACAGCAAAUCUCCCCAGCCAGCACCUAAUCUGCCUUGCACCCCCCAGUCAACACCAUAAAAAAAAAGAGCCUUGAUAGCUUCACACUCUCCUGUGGACGACGAUGGCACCGGCACUCUACAUGGCUCAGACCUCUGGCCAUUUUUCAUGUGGGUCACCAUUCCGACCUCCAGGGAGGGCUGUGGUCGACGUUCUGGCUCUUCAAGUUCCUGCUCGCCCCGUUGGAUUUCCUUUACGCAUCAUUUGUCGGCUUGCUUCGGAUUCGAGACCGAGGAUUUAAUUUCGGAAAUGGGUUUUGCAGCAAAUCCAAGCGGCAAGAAAGGUCAAGAAGUCAACAUCCACUGAACCAUCUGUACGAUUAUAUCUCUUUUUUCUCGUCGUCUUUCGGAUACUAGGACGCAUCAGCUUCCGUCUCUAUCUCUGUUCCCAUGUCAGCAAUUACGUCCAGUCGAAAUGUUGGGAGCCCCGCCGUAGACUUCCCGCCGCACCAGUACUUCUUUUGAAGGGAUCAAAACCGUACACCAUUAUCACCGUCAGCCGAAGAGAGGGAGCACACGCCACACCAUUCUAUAUAUAACUCGCGCGAUCCCAACCCCUGUGAAACCACCAAGCGCAUCACCCUUGGCAAAAUUGAUUCGGUCAGCCCUUGCCGCCCCAGGUAAUCAUCUAGACUAGUACAAAGUCGCCAAUUCUCAACAGUUGAUUAUCCUAGUCCGAGUUCGAUAUGUCACUUCCAACCACGCCGCAGUGCACAUAUUAGCAAGCUUAAAAGGUCAUCCACAUCCAGUGCAUCCAUCAAUAGUUUCGAUUCUGUUUUUGGGCUGUCUUGGCAUGUCAAAGAUACUAGCGACCAAGAACAAUGAUCAUCAAAUCGCUGCAAACAACCAGAGUGUUCAAGAAACGCAGUACAACGGUAUUACCCCCCAUCUGCACCUUGAAAUAGUGAGAUUGACAUGCACCUCGGAAUAGGUUCCAGUCCUCACGAGAGAGACACGCCACUGGCUGUCUUCGGCUAGGUAAGGUUGGAAUGUGGCGUUACUACCUUGGCGCCAUCGCCAGGGGAUUUGGCCGCUUUCGGCAGACCUAUCUCCCAUCGUUCAACCUCCCAUUCCUUCCUUGCAGCAAUGGCAUAUACGGCAGCAGCUAGAUCUAGAGGUCUGCUUCUUUGCUUCAAGGCAUUUUCCCUAGGAAUCUCGAUGAUGUUUUGAUUGUCAAUUGGACUAACCUUGACGUUGUGACGCAAAUCGACGAGGAAGACCACAUGGUUGUGGACUAAGACAUAACUAAAGAUAUAAAGUAUUAAUACUAGACCUAAUAGAAAAAGUUACUUAUUCCUCGCAA